AUGGCCACUUGGAUCUUCUGUAACUACUGCUUCCAGCAGCCCCACAGGACCUCGUGUUUCAGCUUGACCAGUUGUGGGCACGUGUACUGCGACGUGUGUCUGCGCAAAGGUAGAAAGGAUGAAUGCCUGAUUUGUAAAGUUCCUUGUCGUGCACUUUCACUUUCAAAACAUACGGACUGGGACAUCCAGGCUUUGUUUAUGCGCAUAGACGGGCUGUGCAGCAGGUACUCCAGAGAUACCUCUCAGAUUUCUGAGUUUCAAGAAAGACACCGGAAGAGACUGUUGACCUUCUAUCAAGAGAAGAUCUCCACGUUGGAAGACUCGCUGAGGAGGCCAGUGCUGCAGACACAACUACAGAGCACGAGGUCAUCCCAGCAAACCCCUAUCAGGACAGAAAGACAUGCCAUUUUGAGUAAGUGCAAAGGGAUAAAAUGGGUGGGAGCUCCUUCAGCUAACUUAGAUGGUCGUCUGCUCUUGGCUCCGGACUCAUCAGUGGCCAACAGAGCCGAGUGCAUGGAUGUGGACCUCACGCCUUCCCCGAUGAGAAAGCCAGAGCUAACCAUGGGCCCUGCCAGGAUCUCGCUCAUCAGCCCCCCUCAGGAUGGACGCAUGGGCAUUGUCUCCCACCGGCCUACUCUGAGGCCCAGGCUGAUGCCCACCUGCUCACCUGUGCCCCAGCCUCUCAGGCCUCCUGCACUGCUGCUCCCCAGCAAGGCCUCCGCUACGCCCACCGUGCUGGAAUCCAACAGAGCAGGGAGAUUGGCUUCGCCCAGCCCCCCCAGCAUCUAUGCUCCGGCGCCUCGACUACCCAUCAGCAUCUCUGGGCUGCUACAGCGGCAGCAUCUAGGGUCCUCUGGCCUCGGGGGCAUGGUGAUGGAGAGGUGA